GCGGCUGAAGAUAACCAAGCAUUGUGAGUAUCAGUUACUGAGAUCCUGCCGAUGGUCCUCUCGCAGCCUAACGUCGCUUCGGUGCGGGGUCCCACCCGAAACACAGCGAAUGGGAUAUGUUAUGCUAGGUCAUCUACGCUCGUCAUCGGCGUAACCGCGCAACGGUCGACAACGCGCAACGGCACGCACUGCGGUCUACUGUUGCAACGCUCACCAAGGCCUUGCAUAGCGCCUUGCGCAGUGCAAAAGGUUGAUAGAGCAGCGCGACUGGAAGAUAUUAAGCGUGUUCUCGUGUCGAAGCUUGGAGUCGCAGCUGAUGCCUUGCAGCCCAACAACGACGAGUGCGAGCGCCUUUCUCUUCGCUCCGUUCAGCUUGUGGAGGCCCGUGUGCCGGAACUCGUGUCGCGCUUGGAGCCAGGAAGGGUGUCGAAGCUGUUGACGCGCGUGCCGGGUACCAUCCUUAGCGUCGAGCCCAACACGCUUGUGGACCGGUUUCAUGCGUUGGGGCAGAUGCUGGGAGUUUCAAUGGAUGAGGUGGUCGACAUGAUUGUCAAGACGCCCAAGCUGUUGGCGCGCUCUCAUCGCAGCCUGGAGGCUCGCUUGGACAAGCUGGCUGAGCUGCUAGGCGACCGGCCGCGCGCCCAAGACGUGCUGUGGCGCACUCCCGGCGUCAUGCAGCAGAGCACUGAAACACUGGAGUUUAAGAUGGUGCUGCUCCGCCAGGCCGCAGCGGGCUACCUGCCGUGGGAGGGAGAGCUGGAGCAGCUGUCGUCUUCCAAGCUGGGCUUCCUGCUCACUCGCGGCACCCGGUCGCUGUUGCGGCUGCAGUACCUGGUGGAGAAAGGGGAGAAGCGCCGCCUGGCUCUGCGCACUGUGGUAGCGAGGCCGCCAGGCCAGUGGGACGAGGAACACCCCGACUUCCAAGACUGGCUGGCCAGGCAAACCCUGCCGGGGCCGCAGCAAUGUGCCGAGGACGGGGACGGUGUUGCUGAUGGGGGCGAGGAGCAGCAGCAGUCAGCAGCAGCAGCGGGGAAGGCAAAGCAGCGGGCCUCUGCAGGUGUGACCCAUGGGUCUAACGCGCCGGCGCAGGCAUCGGCCAGUGGCCCAUCCGGCAGUGCCUCGUCUCCUGCUCCUUCGGCGGUGCCGGCGGCGGUCAAGGCCGGUGGCUCGGCCCGCCAUUGGAUCCUCCGGAAGAGAAGGGACCCCGCAGCAGCCGCAGCAGCAGCCGCGGCAAAGGCCGACAAGUCGCCCACCGCUGCCGUAGCGGCCCCUGCUGAAGUAGUGGCCGGAGGCCUGGCAGCAGAAGAUGACAAACCAACACAGGAGAUCCCCGCAGACGUGACCCAUGGGUCAGUGCCCGGGCAGGAGGCGGCUCCGGAGCCUUCGGAAGAUGUGCCUGCGCCAGCAAAAUCUCCGCGCCAGGGCCGGAGGCUUCUGCGCCGCCGCCCCUGAUUGGGGGCUUCGUGGGCUUUGCGGUGGCCUGACCGAAUGGAUUAUUGCGCCGUCUGUGGUUGUUACCGGUAUUCCACAGCCUACUACGUUUGCCUGUUAGAUGUUCUCGCCAUGAAGCAAUGUUAAAGUGAGGUAGCGUUGCCAGUGGCAAGCAGCGCUUGCUUGUGGCUUAUCAAAGCAGGGGGACCUGCGACAGGGUUUCGUGAGCAGGUGGUCCGAAGCCAGCUCGGAUGAGGUGAACGGGUGAUGGACUUAGCUUAGUACCGGUAACAGAACAGCUUCCUUGCGUGUCGUGUGCAUGUGUACUUGUCGGAGCAGGUUGCUGGUCAGGUGUGUGCUGGUGAGCGAGGCGUGCUGAUGCGGCUGUGGGUGUCCUACUCCUUCCAUGUGGUGACUACACUGUUGGGAUUUGGGAGCGAGGUGGAGAAGCACGCGUCUGUAUGGGCUACCAUAGGAAAUCCUCCUUGCUAUAGCACUAGUGAUGGCUGAGACUGGCUGCCGCUAUGCGAGCCAAUGAAGGAGUCCUCAUCGCUUGCAUGUAACAUAGUGCUCUAGCACAAACCAUCCCUGGAGGUACG